AUGGUUUUUUCAUCAUUUGUUUACGAUGAUUCUGUUUCUGAUACAAAAGAAAGAUCGGAAGAAGAUCGAUCGAUCGAAAGACCACGUUUCAAAUAUCCACGUGGAUCAGUUGGCAAGUUUUUUCUCAUAUGAAUCAUACUUUUUGAGCAUGUUCGUUCCAGAGGUCAAAGGUUAUUGCCCAAGACAUGAAAAAUACGAGGAAUGUGGAACUGGAUGCGAAAGAACAUGCCCACAUCCAAAUCAACCAAGCUCCAAAAAUUGUCGCAAAAAAUGUAUUCCUUAUAAAUGCACAUGUGCUAUUGGAUAUUAUAGAGAUAAUCGGGUAUAUUUUGGUGUUUCGGAGUUUCUUUAAAUUUGUGUGAUUUCAGGGAACUGGUCGAUGUGUUCUUCCAAAGGAUUGCAAAGCAUUCGGAAAAGAAUGGCACUCAUAA